CCCUCCCCUCCCCUCCCGCCACCACUCCGCAGGCAGACAGGAAGCAACAAUAUGGCGGCGGCGUUAGCGGACUUAGCCCGUGAGCUCGUCGUAGCCUGAACGCGGGCGAGCCGCCACCAUGAGCCUCUGCGCGCACUUUUUACGGCAGGCAGAAGCCCUGAAGGCGGACAUGAUCGACUCUAAGCUGGCGGCGGCCGAGGCGUGGACGUCACGCCAGGCUCUGCAGGACCUGUACCAGAAGAUGCUGGUGACAGACCUGGAGUACGCUCUGGACAAGAAGGUGGAGCAGGACCUGUGGAACCACGCCUUCAAGAACCAGAUCACCACCUUGCAGAGCCAGGCCAAGAACCGGGCCAACCCCAACCGCAGCGAAGUGCAGGCCAACCUGUCCUUGUUCCUGGAGGCGGCCAGCGGUUUCUACACUCAGCUGUUACAGGAGCUGUGCAGCGUCUUCAACGUCGACCUGCCGUGCCGCGUCAAGUCUUCUCGGCUCGGCGUUAUCAGCAACAGGCAGAACGCCGUCGGCGGCAUCGUGACUCCGCAGCCCAGCUCGUGCUCGUACAUCUGCCAGCACUGCCUGGUGCACCUGGGCGACAUCGCGCGCUACCGCAACCAGACCAGCCAGGCCGAGUCGUACUACCGACACGCCGCGCAGCUGGUCCCGUCCAACGGUCAGCCGUACAACCAGCUGGCCAUCCUGGCGUCCUCCAAAGGAGACCAUCUAACUACCAUCUUCUACUACUGCCGCAGCAUCGCCGUCAAGUUCCCCUUCCCCGCCGCCUCCACCAACCUGCAGAAGGCGCUGUCCAAGGCGCUGGAGAGCCGCGAGGAGGCGCGAGGCAAGUGGAGCGUGUCCGACUUCGUCAAGGCCUUCAUCAAGUUCCACGGCCACGUGUACCUGAGUAAGAGCGUGGAGCAGCUGGACGCUCUGAGGGAACGUCUGGAGGAGCAAUUCCAGAGGCUGAUGUUGCAGAAGGCCUUCAGCUCGCAGCAGUUGGUCCACAUCACAGUCAUCAACCUGUUUGAGCUUCACCACCUCCGAGAGACGCCAGCCGACGGUCAGCAGACGGUCAGCUGGUUCCAGCUCCUCGGUCUUUUCAUGUCCUUCCUCGGCCUCAUGUGCAGCCGGGUUCUGCUCAACAAGAACCGUGACGAGGAGGAAGUGGCGGGAGAGUGUCCUCUGCCGGCCAUCAAAGUUUCUCUGGACUGGCUCCGCCUGAAGCCCGGCGUGUUCGGCGAGGCCGCCGUGGACCAAAGGCAGCAUGUCUGGCCCUGGCUGGUCUCCAUUCUCAACAGCUUCCAGCCCAAAGACCAGCACGUCUCCACGCACUCAGUGACGCCGCUGCCGGAGGAGUUCGAGCUUCAGGGCUUCCUGGCUCUCCGUCCGGCUCUCAGGUCAGUGGACUUCACCAAAGGCCACCAGAGCGUUCCGGUCGACCGCGACGUGCUUCUGCUGCGCACGCGUCACCAGAGGCUGGUGGCGCUGGGGAAGUGGAUCGCCGACAACCAGCCAGGGCUCAUCCAAUGUCACGCCGGCGAGGACGGCCUGCUCCUUUUCAUCAGCGACAUUCCCGAACAGGCCAUCGAAGAGCCGGCAGAGAAGGAGCCGUCCGUGCUCCAGGAGGCGUCCAACGGCGAGCAGGGGCUCGGCGAGAGCGGCAACGCCGGCCUCAAGUCGGUGCUUUCGGCGGGCAAAGCUCCCGGUUCGUGGUCGGACGGCGCCGAGCGGCCCGUUGUCACGUUCAAGGAAAACAUCAAGCCGCGGGAGCAGAUCCGAGAGCCUGCCGGCCACGGGCUUCAGCAGAAGGACGCCGUAAAGGAGCGCCGGGACUUGGCCAAAGGAAACGGGACGGCGGGGAAAAGCGAGCUGAAGAGGGACGGCAAAAGGAAGUGCGAGAACAAGAAAGCUGCUCAGGAGAAAGCUCCCGAUGCCGGGAAGCCGGUGAAAGGUCAGGCGGAACUGAGGAAGACUCCGGUGUCAGAGGCCAAGAAGACUCCCGCUUCCCAAAGUCAAGCCGGCACGUGCUCUUCGCAGUUCAUCCCGAUCCACCACCCCGGAGCCUUUCCGCCGCUGCCGAGUCGCCCAGGCUUCCCUCCGUCCGCCUUCGUCAUCCCUCCCCCGGUGGCGUUCCCGGGCCUGCAGGUGAAUCCGGGCUUCGCCUUUUCCACGGGAGUGUCGGUGCCAGGCCCCUUCCUGCAGGCGCAGGCGGGCUCGCAGGUGGCCGGCGGCGGCGGGAAGCAGUCCCACAUCCCGUAUAGUCAGCAGAGGCCGUCGGGACCGGGCCAGCAGCAGCCCCCCUCCCAGCUGCAGGCGACGUCGCCCGCCAAGCCCGUCCAGCAGGUCGGGAUGGCCAAGAGUCCGCCUCGCCUGCAGCAGGCCUUCCUGCAGGAUCCGCAAUUGUGGAGUCCGAGUCAGGCGGUGCUCCAGAAACUCCCGGCGUCGGUUCACAUCCAGUCCCUGAAGCCGCAAACCUUCUACUUGGCGCCGCAGGACGCCGUCAAAGUGUACGAGCAGCAGAUGGCGGCGCCGCACGCCUCCGCCGUGGACAAGAAGAUGAAGUUCCCGCCCUACUGGGACCCCUCCUCCUUCAGGGCUGCGGACGACAGGAUGAAGAGGGCCCCGCCUCCCGAGCACGACCCGGCCGGGCCCAGGGGAUCCCAUUUUGACGACAGCAAAAGCUCGCCUCUUCUCCCUCCCGACCUCUUCAAAUCUCUGGCCCAUCUGGAGGAGGAGGACGAGCUGCUCUUUUCUAAGCCUCCCGAUUUCUUCCAGGCUCUGUCCGCUCCUCUUAGCUCGCUUCCUGGACCAAACAUGUUUCUGCCCAAUCACAGCAGACAGGCGGACGGCGGCCCCGAGGCGCUCGGCCAGUCGUCUUCGAUCUUGCCCGUGACCGCCCUGCCCGUGCAGGAGUACCACCAGAACAGCAUCUUCAGUCAGGCGUACGGCAAGAAGGUGGCGUCGGCCUCCAAAUGCGACGCUCCCAUGAUGCACCAGGAGACGUCGCUGUACUCCCUGUUCGAGUGGACGCCGUGGUCCCCCUCGCUGCCCGCGAGCUCAGAUCACUCCACCCCGGCCAGCCAAUCCCCUCACUCGUCCAAUCCCAGCAGCCUGCCAUCUUCCCCGCCCACCCACGCCGUCGCCACCGCGCCCUUCUCCAACUUCGGGCCUAUCGGCACGCCAGACAGUCGCGAGCGCAGAACGCUCGACCGCUGGAAGGCCGACAAGACCGGCGGCGUGAGCGGCUUCGGCUUGGACUACCUGCCGGCCGCUUCGGACGCGGGCUGGCAUCAAGGCCCGCCCGGCGGAAGCUCCUGGACCAAUCAGGAGUCCCCUAUGGAAGAGUCGUCCUCCAGCGUGCUGCUGGACAGCUUCAAGUCAAUCUGGUCCAGUUCCAUGAUGCAGCCCGGCCCGUCGGCGCUGGAGCAGCUCCUCUUGCAGCAGAAGCAGAAACAGCAGCGAGGUCACGGAGCCAUGAACCCGCCGCACUGACCCGCGCCACAUCGCCACGACAACACUUUGACAAGCACCAGCGGCCAUUGACACACGGUGGACGCUCGGAGGGGGCGGGGGGCGCGACACCCCCCGCCCCCCAAAACACCAGGAUGAAACUCCACCCGCGGCCGCCUCCGCCGAAGGCGAGCCGGCCGGACGCCGACGAUGGGCAUCGCGACAUCGCAACACACACAAACACAACGCGUAGAACAAAAGCACAGACACACAGACAGAGACACGCCCACCCCCACGCGUCGUGGACAGCCGGGACACGUUUGUCCACGCCGGAUGUCCUCCCAAGUCCUCGUGAGGGGCGGUCGGGUGACCUGGAGAUGGGAUUCCGCGUUGAACUUUUGGAAGAGGAGCAGGUGUAAAGUAGAAAUGCGGAAAGGCGGCGGGCGGGCGGGCAGGCGGGCGCGCCGGAUGUCCAAAAUGGCGUACUUAGUGCAUUGUCGUCUUUAAGCGUGACAGCUGCUGUAAUAACCUCGCUAGCUAGCUUAGGCCACAGGAACUUUGAAUUCCUCUUCCCACCAUCGCUCAAGCGGGCGAGAACUUGUCUGCGCACUAAACUUUUAAUGGCUCGUCACUUUUUAAGAGAAACGACAACGCGGCAGAAGCUCGGACGAGGACGAUGGAGCGGUUUUGUUUGUUUUCCCCAAUGUAAGCAACCAAUCCGAAGGCGAAAGCAUGUGACAACUGACCCCCACCCCGUGCAUGUUGUCCAAGAUUGGGAAACGCCGAUGACGCCCGCCCACCGCUUCUGCCACGUAUGAACUUUUAAAUCGGAAUGAUCGCACGAAAGUGUUGGAAAGGAGCUUUUUUUUUUGGUCAUCCUUGCUGCCAAUAAAUAGAAAAUCUCUUGUGCUACAUGCUAAGCUA